AAGUGGUCCUUAAAAUCCCCCCCCCCCAACUCAUUCCACGAAACCAACAAAAAUAUUUAAAAUUGUAUAUUUUUUUGUUAUAAUUAGAAGUGAUUUAAAUCCCUAAAUAUUAUUACCUCUCGGAGUGUAGUGGGUGUAGGAGGGAGCUCUCUCUCCAUGGGUUCCCCGGUACGGUCACCGCUCCGGGGCGCGGCGGCGGAGAACGCGACGUCGUCGCCGGGGCCGGCGCCGGCGCCGGCGCCGCGGGAUGGGGGUUCGCGCCGCCCCCAAACCCUAGAUUCGGGAGACGACGCCGUGGGAUCGCCUACGAGGUCGACGCUCCGGGAUUCUCGGGAGGAAGCGGUGGGAUCGCGGCUCCGCUUCGCGGAGAAGCCGAUCACCUCGCCGGCGCCGCCGAGGGGCUUCUCGGAGAAGCCGAUGUCCCCGGUGUGGAGAGACGAGUCUGCUGGAUCCCCGCUCCGAUCGUCCCUCCGCCGCGCGGAGAGGUCGGUCGCCUCCCCGCCGCGGCCGCCGCGGGGCUUCUCGGAGAAGCCGAUGUCCCCGGCGUGGAGAGAAGAAGCCGUCGGGUCCCCGCUCCGGGCCGCGGAGAAGCCGAUCCCCUCAGCGCCGCCGCCGCCCCGGGGCUUCUCGGAGAAGCCGAUGUCCCCCGCGCGGAGGCACGAGGCCGUCGGAUCCCCGCUCCGCCUCGCCGAGAAGCCGUUCCCGUCGCCGCCGCGGAACACGCCGGAGAAACCGGGGUCGCCGGAGGCGGCGGCGCCGCCCCUGGCCGCCGCGGCGCUGACGAUCGCGAGCCGGUUGGCGCGGGAGGAUCGCGCCAUGAUAGCGAAGGUGGUCGCCGGAACCAUAGUCGACGGCGACGGCGGCGCCGGCGCCGGAGGCGGAGGUGGCGGCGGUGGCGGCGGCGGCAGCGAGAGGGAGGGGGAGAGGGGGGGAUUUGGGGGGGUUCCGGGGUCGGUGCGUAAGGCGGAGGUGAGGAGAGCGGCGGUGGGGCUUAGGGUUUCGGCGGCAGUGCUCUGCUUGAUCUCGUUCUCGACCAUGGCCUCCGAUAAGACGCAGGGGUGGGCCGGCGACUCCUUCGACCGUUACGAGGAGUACCGGUAUUCACUUGCUGUGAAUGUGAUUGCGUUUGCGUACUCCGGGUUCCAGGUGUUUGCGGAGUUACACCGUGUGAUCACAGGGAGGUACAUCAUCCGCCGUCGAUCAAGUUGCUACCUCGAUUUGACUAUGGACCAGAUAUUGGCAUACCUUCUGAUCUCAUCGUCCUCCGCCGCGGCCUCCCGCAACGACGUCUGGGUAACGAGGUUUGGAGGCGACGACUUCACCAAGAUGGUGAACGUCUCCGUCGCCAUGUCCUUCUUGGCGUUCUUCGCCGUCGCCCUGAGCUCGGUCAUCUCCGCCUACAAUCUCUUCAGCUGGAACUUGUAGUAUUAAGCCGCGUGUUUCUUGUAAAUUGGGUAUACGAAUUAUAUUACACCGACGGAGCAUUGAUUCAUUUUUGAGCUUGUUUUACAGUUUUAUUUUUACACAAAUCUGAUGCUCAAGAAUCUUUAUUCCUGUAAUUAGGUCGCAAGGAUUUUGUUACUGGCUUGUGUUCGGAAUGUAUCGGUUAAUUCGUGUAUGUAAUCUGGGAAUAAAAUAAUUUACAAGCCAUUGAAGUAAACUGAUUUGGUAA